AUGCCUCCACCACAUGAUGGUAACGAGCCAAUUCCAUUCGAGCAGCUCAUACAGCUGGAGCGACUUUCCAAAGAGACCUUUAGAUCAAUAGCUCUUCCAUUUGCGCCACGUGCUCCUGGAAGCAAGCCUGGUCUUGCGUACGGAGGACAUGUCUACAUGCAAGCCGCAUGGGCCGCUUGCUUGACGGUCGCCGAAGGUUUCCGCUUGAGUGAAACUUCAUUGCACCCGGCAUCCCCACCAUCCCGUUCACACCACGUUCAAAACAUCCGCGAUGGCCGGUCCUACUGCACUCGCAUCGUCAACGUCUCGCAUAGAGAAGGCAAAGGCUACAUGUUCACCUGCACAUGCGUCUUCAAGAAUCCCGACGACACCCUCCUGGACGUUCAAUCCAGCAUCGACCUAUGGGACAAAUACCACCUCGCUCUAGCAGGCAAGAACCCAGCAGACUUCCACCCAUGCCCCGGCUACGACAACAACUCGACCGUGGACAUGUCAACCUACAACAAGACCAAACACCCCCUCGACCGCCGCCAGCUCGUCUUCUACCGCUCCAUCGGCACAAUCCCCAACGGGAAUCCUAACAUACACCUCUGCGCACAGCUCUACGCUUCGGAUCGCAAUAGCCUCUUCAUCGUUGCGAAUGCUAUGGAUAUCGGCUAUCUCUACACCGCCAUGGGAAGUUUGGUGCAUCAGGUCAUUUUCCAUACUAAUGCUGAGGAUAUGGAUUUUGGGGAGGACAAGGGGCCUGAAGGGAGUAAGUGGUUUGCCAAGGAGGAUUGGUGUACGCGGUACAGCGGCUCGAGGGGGUUGUUUUAUAGCAGGGUGUGGAGUCCUGGGGGGAAGCAUGUUAUGACGAUCACGCAGGAUGGGAUGGUCAAGUUGCCGGAGGACGCUGGGGAGCAGGUCGGGGAGAUUCGGAAAGGAUGGGAGGGAUUGGAGGAGGAAGAGAUAGAGGCGCAAAGGAAGACGAAAGGACGAUUGUGA